GCCCAAAGUGGCAGGGGUUGGGGGUCGAAGGAGAGGUGUACUAGAAACAAUUUGGUCCCUCUCCUUCAGGAUCUUAUUGUCUGCAGUUAGGCCCAGUCACAUUUUAUUGGAGAGAAUUCGGGAAAGGCUCGGUGGAGGCAGUAUCAGAUGGGCAGGAUUUCGAGAGAAUGGAGGGAAUAAAGAAUGGUUAUUCCGCGCCAAGAGAACUGUAGUGGCAAGGGGAUGGGAGAUUAUUUGUAUAUUUGGUUGAACAGGGAGUAUUACGAGCUAAACCAUGGAAGAUAGGUGGGCAAUGUGUUGUAGAGGGCCAUGAGUACCAGACUGAGGAGUUUGUAGCCAAUACAGAGCUCUGUUGGGAGCCAGCCAUUGAAGCAAGGAAUGUGAAAGAAUUGAAACUCAUCUUUAUGAAUUAAAAUCUGUACCUCUUUGGGAGACCGUGUUGUUGAUAACACCAAAGUCAGGUGUUUGGAUCACCAUACUGGCCUGCUGCCAAAGCGGGGGAAAAGAUCUGGACCUCUGUGUAGCUGUUUGGUGAAGAAAGGUUUUGAUAACGCCUCACGGCCUGUAAAGUUUGGUGUUUCCCUUUCAAGAUGCCGCUUGCAGACUUCAUUCUGGCCCUGAAGGACAAUCCCUACUUUGGGGCUGGAUUUGGGCUGGUGGGUGUGGGCACAGCCCUGGCCUUGGCCCGGAAGGGUGCCCAGUUGGGCCUGGUGGCAUUCCGGCGUCAUUACAUGAUCACACUGGAAGUCCCUGCUCGAGACAGGAGCUAUGCCUGGUUGCUUAGCUGGCUCACCCACCACAGUACCCGUACUCAGCACCUCAGUGUUGAGACUUCAUACCUUCAGCACGAGAGUGGCCGCAUCUCCACCAAGUUUGAAUUUGUCCCCAGCCCUGGAAACCACUUUAUCUGGUAUCGGGGAAAAUGGAUCCGGGUAGAACGAAGUCGAGAGAUGCAGAUGAUAGACUUGCAGACGGGGACUCCUUGGGAAUCUGUCACCUUCACGGCCCUGGGCACUGACCGCAAGGUUUUCUUCAACAUCCUGGAGGAAGCUCGAGAGCUAGCCUUGCAACAGGAGGAAGGGAAGACUGUUAUGUACACAGCUGUGGGCUCUGAAUGGCGCCCUUUUGGCUAUCCACGCCGGCGGCGGCCACUGACUUCUGUGGUUCUGCAACAGGGUCUGGCCGACCGAAUUGUCAGAGACAUCCGAGAAUUCAUUGAUAACCCUAAGUGGUACACUGACAGAGGCAUUCCCUACAGACGUGGCUACCUGCUUUAUGGGCCCCCUGGUUGCGGAAAGAGCAGUUUUAUCACAGCCCUGGCUGGGGAACUGGAGCACAGCAUCUGCCUGCUGAGCCUCACAGACUCUAGCCUCUCCGAUGACCGGCUCAACCACCUGCUGAGUGUGGCCCCGCAGCAAAGCCUGGUGCUCCUGGAGGAUGUGGAUGCUGCUUUCCUCAGUCGAGACUUGGCUGCAGAGAACCCAGUAAAGUACCAAGGUCUAGGUCGUCUCACCUUCAGUGGACUACUCAAUGCCUUGGAUGGUGUGGCUUCCACUGAGGCACGCAUUGUGUUCAUGACCACCAACCAUGUUGACAGGCUGGACCCUGCUCUGAUACGCCCUGGGCGAGUAGACCUGAAGGAGUACGUGGGCUACUGUUCAUACUGGCAGCUGACCCAAAUGUUCCAGAGGUUCUAUCCAGGGCAAGCCCCUUCCUUGGCUGAGGCCUUUGCAGAACAUGUCCUUCAAGCUACAACUCAGAUCAGUCCUGCCCAAGUGCAAGGCUACUUCAUGCUAUAUAAAAACGACCCUGCAGGUGCAAUUCACAAUGCUGAGUCUCUGAGGAAGUGAUCGACCAGGCUGUGCUCAACUCUUCUCUAGGAAAUCAAUAAACACCUGCCACACUA